GGCCGGGACCACCCAGGGAGGCGCAGCUCCUUGCUACUGGCUCUCCCCACCCAAGUUCAAAGGUUCAGGAGAGACCUUUCCCACAUUGCAAGCGCUUGGCUUGUGGCUGGGCUCUUCCCCCCCUCUCCACCCCCUCCCCAAAUAGCAGAGCCGAGUGGGAGGGGAGGAAAGGGAGCGUGAUUGCAUGGAAAAACACCUCCACGGGGAAUAUUCGGAGACCAAAACAGACCGGGAAGAUGUUUGACAACACUCAGUAUCCUUACAACUGCUUCAAUUAUGAUGGAGAUGACUACCCGGCUUGCAGCUCCGAUGAAGAGAAGCGGUUCACCAGACCGGCAUACAGCUACAUUGCUUUGAUCGCGAUGGCCAUCCAGCAGAGCCCGUCCAACAAGGUCACCCUGUCUGGGAUUUACGACUUCAUCAUGAAAAAGUUCCCUUAUUACCGGACCAACCAGCGGGCCUGGCAGAACUCCAUCCGGCACAACCUCUCCCUCAACAGCUGCUUUGUCAAGGUUCCCCGAACAGAAGGCAAUGACAAGGGGAAAGGAAACUACUGGAGCUUUGCGUCAGGAUGCGAAUCCAUGCUGGACCUUUUUGAAAACGGGAAUUACCGGAGGCGGAGGAGGCGGAGGAAUGUCAAAAGGGAGCCUAGAGAGAAGAGGUCAAGUAACAAAAUGGGUUGCUUACCCGCGUUGCCUGCGUUGUUCCCCAUGGAUACUGCCUUCCCUAAUAUCUCCUCUCCGGGCGAGGACACGGAGUCUCCGCUGAAAGCUUUGGAGUCUCACGAGUUCUUCCCAAACGCCGUUGCCGGACAGGAGACUCUAAACAGCGCUUCGGUAGGAAAAUCUGACUCCGAAAUUAAAUUUAGCAUUGAUUACAUUCUCUCCUCUCCGGAUCCCCUGCCCGUCCUAAGGUCUCCGUAUCACAUGCAAGACCACAAGAACCACCACCUCUUGGAUUCUCAGCAACUGAACGUUCAGAUUUGGACAAUGUGAAGCCUGGACCUGGCUGAGACUGAGCUCAGAAAGAGGUUGUCGUCUUUUUGAACCAACACCCAGUUGGGGGUGUGUCAAAGAAUGAGAACCUGGGCGAGACUGUAACUUUCAGUGGUUUGGAAAGUUCUAAAAUUUCAUAUCUUGACUAUACUCCAGGAAGUAAAA